GAGGAGGAGGAGGAGGAGGAGGGAGCCGGUGGGAGGGCGGAAGGGGGAGGAGAGGAGCGAGAGAGCCUGGCGGAGGGGGCCCGGAGCGCCGACCAGAGGAGACGGAGCAGCGGCCCCCGGCCCGGCCAGCCCCGUGCCGCCGCCGCCGAGAUGCUCCAGACCUUGUAUGAUUACUUCUGGUGGGAACGGCUGUGGCUGCCUGUGAACCUCACCUGGGCUGAUCUAGAAGACCGGGAUGGACGAGUCUAUGCCAAAGCCUCAGACCUCUAUGUCACACUACCCCUCGCCUUGGUCUUCCUCAUCAUUCGAUACUUCUUUGAGCUUUAUGUGGCCACUCCCCUGGCAGCCCUCCUGAACGUUAAAGAGAAGGCACGGCUUCGGGCCCCUCCCAAUGCCACCUUGGAGCAUUUCUACCUGACCAGCGGCAAGCAGCCCAAGCAGGCAGAGGUAGAGCUUCUGUCCCGGCAGAGUGGGCUGUCUGGCCGCCAGGUAGAGCGCUGGUUCCGCCGCCGCCGCAACCAGGACCGGCCCAGUCUUCUUAAGAAGUUCCGAGAAGCCAGCUGGAGAUUCACAUUUUACCUGGUUGCCUUCAUUGCUGGCAUGGCUGUCAUCAUGGAUAAACCCUGGUUCUACGACUUGAAGAAAGUGUGGGAAGGAUAUCCCAUCCAGAGCAUCAUCCCUUCCCAGUACUGGUACUACAUGAUCGAACUCUCCUUCUACUGGUCCCUGCUCUUCAGCAUCGCCUCUGACGUCAAACGAAAGGAUUUCAAGGAACAGAUCAUCCACCACGUGGCCACCAUCAUCCUCAUCAGCUUCUCCUGGUUUGCCAAUUAUGUCCGAGCAGGGACUCUCAUCAUGGCCUUGCACGACUCUUCUGACUACCUGCUGGAGUCAGCCAAGAUGUUUAACUACGCGGGAUGGAAGAACACCUGCAACAACAUCUUCAUUGUCUUCGCCAUUGUCUUCAUCAUCACUCGACUCGUCAUCCUGCCCUUCUGGAUCCUGCACUGCACGCUGGUGUACCCACUGGAGCUCUAUCCUGCCUUCUUUGGCUAUUACUUCUUCAACUUCAUGAUGGGGGUGCUGCAGCUGCUGCAUAUCUUCUGGGCCUACCUCAUCUUGCGCAUGGCCCACAAGUUCAUAACUGGAAAGCUGGUAGAAGAUGAACGCAGUGACCGAGAAGAAACCGAGAGCUCAGAGGGGGAGGAGGCUGCCGCUGGGGGAGGAGCAAAGAGCCGGCCCCUUGCCAACGGCCACCCCAUCCUCAAUAGCAACCAUCGUAAGAAUGACUGAACCAUUGUCCUAGCUGCCUCCCAGAUUAAUGCAGAAAGCCAAGGAACUGCCCCACCCUCCCGACAGGGUCACUCUGAGCUCUGGGAAGAAAGGAGAAGGCAAGGAGAGUUCUUCCAUGUCCUCCUCCCUUGCUUCUUUGUCACCCAGAUGCCUUUAAACCAAAUUCUAACCAGCUUUUCCCCAGGAAGAGGGGAGGCUGGUUAUUUCCUUUGUCAGAGGGGAGAUGGUUUUAUUUCCCUCUCUGUCUUCCAAGUUGUCCUUUCUAUUGCUUUCGGGACCCUUCCUCAGCUCUGGGGCAGAGGUUACAGAUCACAUUCCUCCCUCAGAAUCUGGCCCCAGCCAUUUGCCUUUGACUCCCUGCCCUCCAGGGCCAGGGCUGUGCCUUACUGUCCCAUCUGUGGGCCUCAUUCUGCCAAAGUUGGACCAAGGCCCACCUAAACUCCCUCCCUUCCUUGGGCCAGAAACCAAAGCUGAGCUUUUAACUUUUUCCCUCCUAAGACACAAAUGAAUUCAGUGUAGGAGGGUGCACAUGACCCUUACCCUACCUCUGCCAAAAAAGCAGGGGCCAUCCUGGGGCCUGCUCAGAUGGUCCUCGUGUUACUCCUCUGCCAGUUGUCCCUGCAGCCACAGGUCCCAGACCUUACUGCCGCUUCUCUUCUCUUCAGCUAGGCUAGCUGGUUUGGAGUAGAAUGGCAACUAGUUCUAAUUUUUAUUUAUUAAACAUUCGGGGUUUUGGUUUUAAAGCCAGAAUUACAGCUAGCACCUGGCUGGCUUUUCAGCAGAGGGACCAUUUCAGACCAAAAUGUACUGUUAAUGGUUUUUUUUUUUUAAUUAAAAUAUAUUAAAGAUUAAAUAAAACAUGGCAAUAA